AUGGAUGAAGAAAUUCUCAAAGAAACAAUACCCAUGAAAAUUGGGGUUCUUAAAAGAACGCAGAAACCAACAAAGAAGUAUUCUGAAUCUCCAGUCCAGACAACUACACAAGAACCUAUAGUCAAAAUUGUUGAGCCCAAGGUUCACAAUAAUGAAUCUAUUGUCACAUCUACAUUCACAACUUCAAUAGCUUUACCACCACCUUCAUCACCCAUUCCCACUUUCGUUCCAGUUUCGACUAUAUCACCAACAUUUUCUGGUAUCAUGCAAGAACCUAUUGCCACUAUCUUUUCAUCUCAAUCCACUAAAAAGUCACAACAUGAAAAUGAAACUAAUGAUGAAGAUGUCAUGGUGUCUUUUGUUGAUCUUCAGUUUGAUCUAGAGGAGGAGAAUAUUCUCGAUGAAAUGACCAUGUUAGAAAAACAAUUCAAAAUAUAG